ACUUCGAACUGUAUGUGAACUUUGUUCUAAACUAUUUUUUUAAUUUUUCAGUUUUAUUUACGGCAAUUUGCAGUGUUAUAAAAGUAGUUUAUCUUCAAUUUUAUCAUCACUUAAAGGAAUUGCUUUCUUGCAAUUCAUUCUAAGAUCAUAACUUUACAAAAAAUGACCACAGCUGUUAAAGGGGUUUUUAUCGUGGGUGCCAAAAGGACUCCAUUUGGUACAUUUGGGGGCAAAUUUGUAAAAACGAGCAUUUCUGAUUUGCAAGCUCAUGCUGCUAAAGCAGCAUUGGUCUCUGCAAAUAUUAGCCCAGAAUUAGUAGACACCGUUAAUAUUGGAUGUGUUGGAACUAAUUCUAGUUCAGAUGGAGGACUUAUUGCAAGGCAUUCACAACUUAAAGCUGGAAUUCCUUUGGAAAAACCUGCUCUGCAUGUCAACAGAUUAUGUGGUUCUGGAUUUCAAGCCAUUGUAAAUGGAGCUCAGGAUAUUUUAACUGGAGUGGCAAAUAUUUCUUUGACUGGAGGCACUGAAAAUAUGUCCCAGUUUCCUUUUGUUGUACGCAACAUUAGGUUUGGGACAACACUAGGAGUUCCUUAUCAAUUCGAGGACAGUCUGUGGACGGGUUUAACAGAUUCUUUUUGUAAACUUUCAAUGGCACAGACCGCUGAAAAAUUAGGGGCUCAACAGAACAUCGCCCGUCAAGAAGUCGACGAAUUUUCACUGAACUCCCAGAAACGUUGGAAAGAUGCACAAGAUGGUGGACGUUUCAAAGAAGAAAUAAGUCCAAUUCAAAUCAAAGGUAAAAAAGGGGCAGAGUCCUUCGACGUUGACGAACAUCCGCGUCCUAAAACAACAUUGGAAGGACUAAAAGGAUUGCCGUCGUUGUUUAAAGAAAACGGACUUGUUACUGCUGGUACAGCUUCUGGUAUCUGUGAUGGUGCAGGGGCUGUGGUAGUAGCUAGCGAAGAAGCAGUAAAACAGCACAAUUUGAAACCCCUUGCAAGACUCGUCGCAUAUUCUGCAGUCGGUGUAGAUCCCAGUAUAAUGGGUAUUGGUCCUGUACCAGCAAUUCAAAAUGUCCUUAAGGCAGCAGGAUUAGAUCUAAGCAAAAUCGACUUAGUUGAGAUUAACGAAGCAUUUGCAGCUCAAACUCUCUCUUGCGCAAAAGUAUUAAAACUAGAUUUGGAAAAGCUGAAUGUAGAUGGUGGAGCCAUUGCUCUUGGACAUCCAUUGGCAGCCUCUGGAUCGAGAAUUACAGCGCAUCUCGUCUAUGAAUUAAGGAGAAGGAAGGCUAAGUAUGGUAUUGGUUCAGCAUGUAUUGGAGGUGGUCAGGGAAUAGCUUUAUUAAUUGAAUCAUUAUAGAUAAAUAAUAUUUAUUUUUGAAGUAUUCCAUUUGAAUUUUUCAGGGUUUUAUAUCAGUAAUUAUUUACAGUAAAUUGACAAUGUUCAAA